GUACCGUGCUAGUUGGUUGAUAUUUACAUCUGAUUGGCCGGGUAUCCCUCAAUGGAUACUAUACAUUCCUCGCUCGUGUUAUUCGGCAUUACUUCAUUCCGUGGGGUUGCGCUUGCCAUGUCUUGGGCUGGGGGACAUAGGAAAGUAGGGAGGGAGAAAUGGUGGAAAUAUAUAGUUAAUGCUCUGCACAUCAAAGAAACACAUUCUUAUCUGACGCCAAAGCCCUGUAGCCGAUUGCGCCGGAACACGAGGUGUCACAGAAUCAAGUCCCCAAGGCAGGCGUUUGAAAUUUGCCGAGACGCCCAUCUUGAUUCUCAAGAGCCCGCAGAAGUACUGGUCCAGUACCUAGAGGAAGCGGAGGAGAAUAGUCGCUGUUCUGGCGUCAAUUCUGACACAGAAGCAUGCUCUUAUCUGACGCCAAAGCCCUGAGGCCGAUUGCGCCGGAACACGAGGUGUCACAGAAUCAAGUCCCCAGGGCGGGCGUUUGAAAAUUUUCGAGACGCUCAUCUUGAUUCUCAAGAGCCCGCAGAAGUACUGGUCCAGUACCUAGAGGAAGCGGAGGAGAAUAGUCGCUGUUCUGGCGUCAAUUUUGACACAGAA